AUGCGCAAAAGUUCCAGGAAAAACUGCAACCGUCCAAACGAAGAAGCCUUGGAGUGUGAGUAUAAAGCGUAUUCCGUUCAGUUGGGUGGGAUUCGGCUGUCUGAAAGUGCACCGCAACACAACCAACAACGGUUACCAAACCCCAGUGCACCGCCGAUACCACAGAUACCCCCAGUAUCGGGAGAAGAUCAGCCAAUAGCAAACCGGACCCGAAGACAGAUUCAAGAAGAAAUCAAAGCAGGGAUGUAUCCCCUACAAGAAGUACCCCUAGGAGGGAACCAAGGGGGAAUAGGCUUUGUAGCAGUUCCACUGAACUCCUCAGAUGUCAUAGGAUUUAAAAAAGAAAUGGGGAAUCUCUUGGAGGAUCCCCUGGGGGUGGCUGAAAGGUUAGAUCAGUUUUUAGGACCCAAUACUUAUACCUGGGAAGAGAUACGGUCAAUCUUAGGGAUCCUCUUUACUACAGAGGAGAGAGGAAUGAUUAGGCAAGCAGGUAUGAGAAUAUGGGAAAGACAAAACCAGGCGGGCCCCCCAGGUGAUCAAAAAUGGCGAAAUGUUGAUCCACAUUGGGACCAUCAACAGGUCCCCAUAUUAGAAAAUGUAGUAAUUGAAACUGAUAAAAGAAUAGAAUUGAAUGACCUGCUAUGGUUGCCUGAAAUAGAAUAUAACUUUUUGGGAAGGGACUUACUGUCAAAACUAGGGUUAGAAAUAAAAACCAAGAAAGGAGAAUGGGACGUUAAGAUUUAUGUGCUCACGAGGGAGGAUGAGGAAAUGAUAAACCCACUAGUAUGGCAUAAAGGAGAGGAGGCAGGUCGAAUAGAUAUGGAGCCUAUCCGGGUGGAGUUAUCAGACCCCCAAAACCCGGUUCGUGUGAAGCAGUAUCCCAUAUCUUUAGAAGGCAGGAAGGGAUUAAAGCCAGUGAUAGACUGGCUCCUGAAACAGGGCUUACUGGAACCCUGUAUGUCUCCCCAUAAUACCCCCAUUUUACCUGUAAAAAAGCCAGAUGGAACAUACAGGCUUGUACAGGAUCUGAGAGCAGUGAACCAGAGAACACAGACAAAGUUCCCUGCAGUCCCUAAUCCAUAUACCCUGGUGAGCUGCUUGUCUCAGGAAUACCAGUGGUAUAGCGUUAUAGAUUUGAAGGAUGCAUUUUGGGCCUAUGCCCUGGAGUCCUGUACCCCGGAGUCCUCCUGCCCAUUAGAUGAAGCAUCCCGAGAUUAUUUUGCUUUUGAAUGGGAGGAUCCAGAGACUGGGAGGAAGCAGCAGCUAAGGUGGACUGUACUACCCCAAGGGUUCACAGAGUCACCUAACUUAUUCGGACAAGCUCUGGAAAAGAUAUUAGAAAAGGUAGAUUUACAUCCAGAGGUAAAAUUAUUGCAAUAUGUGGAUGACUUGUUGCUCGCUGGAAAAUACAAAUCAAUAGUAAAGGAAAACACAAUUAAGUUGUUGAACUUCUUGGCCCAAAAUGGACUCAAAGUAUCUAGAGGAAAACUCCAGUAUGCAGAACAGGAAGUGAAAUACUUGGGACACUGGCUGACCAAAGGAGAAAAGAGGUUAGACUCAGAAAGAGUGGCAGGGAUCCUGGGUCUUAAACCUCCUCGAUCCAAGAAGGAAGUAAGACAACUAUUAGGCUUGUUGGGAUAUUGCAGACAAUGGAUUGAAGGAUACUCAGAGAAAGUUAAAUUUCUCUAUGAAAAGCUACUGGGAGAAAAAGUAACAUGGAAGGAAGAAGAUGAACAAAGGCUAGAGAAAAUUAAGACUUUGCUAAUCCAGGCACCAGUGCUUAGUUUACCAGAUUUGGAGAAACCUUUCCUCCUAUUUGUAAAUGUAAGUGAGCAAACAGCAUAUGGAGUGUUGGUCCAGGACUGGGCUGGAAUGAAGAAACCUGUAGCUUACUGUUCCAAAUUAUUAGACCCUGUCAGCAGAGGAUGGCCUGCAUGUGUACAAUCCAUAGUGGCCACAGCUUUAUUAGUAUAAGAGGCUAGAAAGAUAACUUUUAAUUCUCCUCUCAAGGUAUUUACCCCACAUAAUGUAAGGGGAAUUCUACAACAAAAAGUGGAAAAGUGGUUAACAGAUAGCAGGAUGCUUAAAUAUGAGGCAAUACUCAUAGAUUCCCUUCAAUUAGAAUUAGGAGUUAAAGGGGCCCAAAACCCAGCUCAGUUUUUAUUUGGGGAACCCAGCUCAAAGUUAGAGCAUGAUUGUCUUAAAGUGAUAGAACUGGAGGUGAAGGUGAGGUCUGAUUUAAAGGAUUGUGAGCUCAGAGAAGGGGAGAAAUUAUUUAUAGAUGGAUCUUCAAGAGUGAUAGGAGGACAACGAAAGUCAGGGUAUGCGAUUGUGGGAAUGGAAUCAGGACCCCUGAGCCCUGGGUGGUCAGCUCAGGCUUGUGAAUUAUAUGCUUUAUGUAGAGCAUUGGAACUUCUAGAAGGAAAAGUGGGAACAAUAUAUACAGACUCUAAAUAUGCCUUUGGAGUAGUACAUACCUUUGGAAAAAUCUGGGAAGAAAGGGGACUGGUUAACACACAAGGGAAAGGACUAAUCCAUCAAGAACUGGUAACGAGGGUGUUGAAAGCCUUAAGAAAACCCUUAUAG